AUGUUGAUCCACUCGAUACUGUUGCUGAUAAUUCUUCAUCUUACAUUCUGCUCUGAAAUACCACGUCCAAGUGAAUUUAACGACAUUACAUUUGCAUCUGAUGAUCCAAAAGGAAUCAAAUCUCAAGAAAACUUACUCAGGACCAACUUAAGAGUCAUCAAUGGAUUUCCCGCAACUCUUGGUCAGUUCCCUCACGCCAUUUUUCUCCUUAUGAAGUCAGACACGAAUAAAAAUUAUGGAUGUGGUGGAAGUUUAGUCAAAUUGAAUUGGAUUCUUACAGCCGCGCAUUGUUUGAAGAAUAAAAUGUAUGGAUUCGCGUAUGCAGGUGUUGUUGACAUAUUUAGGGGACCUUACGGGUCUGCUGAGAAGAUUGAGCUUGAUCAAAUGUAUCCACAUCCAAAAUUUAUGACAAGCAAUCCAAACUUUCAAUAUGACAUUGGGUUAAUUAAACUUCUAGAAAAAUUUCCUGAGACUCUAAACAUUGGAACUAUUGACCUUCCUUGUAACUGUCCAGAACAUUACAAUAUAAAUGGUGUUGAGAUAACGGCUACGGGAUUUGGAUCAACUGAUGUAAAAACACCGGGAGUAAGUCCAUUAAAGUAUAUAAGCAUGACCGUCAUGGAACAAACAGUGUGUCAAAAAUACUUUGAAAUUCAAAUUCAAGACAGCAUGUUGUGCUCAAAUACUAGUCUAGGAAUGACUACUUGCCUUGGUGACUCCGGAUCAGGCCUGAUUGCAAACAUCCAAAAUCAUAAGGUUCUAGUUGGCGUCGUAAGCUUCGGAAAUGUUUAUUGUUCAGCCGGAAGUAGCUUUCCUAGUGUAUCAUCUAAAGUAUCAAGCUAUCUUGAUUGGAUUCAUGAGACAUUCGACAGUAAUUCAGCAUAA